AUGGACGUUGCCGCUUCAGAGUUUCUCAAAGAUGGAAAAUACGACUUGAACUUUAAAAACCAACCAAAUGAUGGAGCUCAUGCAAUCUCAGCCCAAAGCCUUGGUGACCUCUACAAGGAAUUUGUUAAGGAAUUCCCUAUUGUGUCUAUUGAAGAUCCCUUUGACCAGGAUGAUUGGAGUUCAUGGACUUCACUACAGUCUUCAGUUGAUAUCCAAAUUGUUGGAGAUGACUUGUUGGUCACAAACCCAAAGAAAAUCGCUGAAGCAAUUCAGAAGAAGGCUUGUACAGUGACUGAAUCCAUUAGAGCAGCACUUGAUUCCAAAGCUGCAGGAUGGGGUGUUAUGGUCAGCCACCGAAGUGGUGAAACUGAGGAUAACUUCAUAGCUGAUCUUUCUGUUGGCUUGGCCAGUGGACAGAUAAAGACUGGGGCUCCUUGCAGAAGUGAGAGGUUGGCCAAGUAUAAUCAGCUUCUGCGCAUUGAAGAGGAACUUGGAAAUGUGCGUUAUGCCGGUGAAGCUUUCAGAUCCCCUUAG